UUUCUGACGGGGAAAGGCCCUUGUGGGAUCCCGUAGGACAGUCUCUCUCAAACUUCGCGUCUUAUUGGUGGCGGAAGAAGUGGGCGGGUCCACCAAGGAGCCCGAGGAAGAGGGCGGCGGCGUUCGUGGUGACUGAACGAAGCCCGGUGACAGGAUGUUGGUGUUGGUGUUAGGAGAUCUGCACAUUCCACACCGGUGUAACAGUCUGCCGGCUAAAUUCAAAAAACUGCUGGUGCCAGGAAAAAUCCAGCACAUUCUCUGCACGGGAAACCUUUGCACCAAGGAGAGUUAUGACUAUCUCAAGACUCUGGCUGGUGAUGUCCACAUCGUAAGAGGAGACUUCGACGAGAAUCUGAAUUAUCCAGAACAGAAGGUUGUGACUGUGGGGCAGUUCAAGAUCGGUCUGAUCCAUGGACACCAAGUUAUUCCAUGGGGAGACAUGGCUAGCUUAGCCCUGCUGCAGAGGCAGUUUGAUGUGGACAUUCUUAUCUCAGGACACACACACAAAUUUGAAGCAUUUGAGCAUGAAAAUAAAUUCUACAUUAACCCAGGUUCCGCCACUGGGGCAUAUAAUGCCUUAGAAACAAAUAUUAUUCCGUCAUUUGUGCUGAUGGAUAUCCAGGCUUCUACAGUGGUCACUUACGUCUAUCAGCUUAUUGGAGAUGAUGUCAAAGUAGAACGCAUUGAGUACAAAAAAUCUUAAAGCUAGGCUUGUCUUGAUCAUUUUCUUUUUUUUCCAUUUCCUUGUUCAAGUCAAUUAAUUAAAAACUUAAGAGGCACACAGUUGUAUCACUUUUAUAAUAUUUGCACUAAGAUGUCUUCUCUGUUUAAUACAUAGUUGCUGUAAGCUUCUUGUAAACUAUAAGAAUAUACUUAGUUUGCAGUAUAUGGUUUCUUUGAAAGGAAGUCCAUCAUAUAGUACAGGGCCAUGUUUGAAAAUUUUAACCUUGUAAAUAUCUUCCUACUUGGUAAUUGGACUUCAUUACAAAACUAGUGCAUGAAGAGAAAGAAUCCAGAAUUUUUAUGUAUGUUUUCUCUUCUCUGGUAAUAAAUGUUUACCUUCCAUUUA